ACCUCUCAGUCUUCUCUCUGUAUAUAUGAAGUGUAUUUUUCGUAUUUACACCGUUUCGUUUCCAUGGCAGCAGAUUUGAAUUUCGGGGAGUGCGUAAAUAUUUAUAUAGCGAUUUAUUUCCUAAGGGAUUUGUUAUAUUUUAUAUGCAAUAUUUUAUGAAACGUAACGAAAUAUGAUAGAGACUGUUGAAUCUGACGUGCAGAUCAUUUUGAGCAUUAAAGAAGGAAGGGGUUUUGAACAAGUUUUACAACCAACAUUAUUGAUUGGAACUUUAAAUGGGCAUUCUCUAGAAACAGACAAGAUAGAGCCAAGUUCAAAUCCACAAUAUGUGACUGAUUUGAUUUGGGAGACCAAUAAAACUGCAUUAAGAAAAAUGCGAUCAGGACAAGCCCCAUUAAAAUUAGAAUGUUUUGCUUUUAAAGAGGACAAGGCUAAAGAAAGAAUCGGAUAUGUUUUGCUAAGUAUACGUUCUGCGACAAUAUCUAAAUAUGGAGAUUUGAAUCCGAAAGCAAAUUGGCACAAGUUAUUGGGAUUAAGGAAUGAUCUUAAAGUACAGAAACCUGAAUUACUUCUUACAUUAAGAGUUGAAAAUCAAAAAAGUACAAAUUCAAAUUCAAUGAUAGAGAAAUGUCCAGAAAUAGAGUCUCACAGAAAUCCUAGCGGCGAUUUUGGAAAAUCUAAUGUGAAAGAUGUAUCUCAUGAAGUAAAAUUAUUUGGUACAACUGAAAGCAAAAAUAUAAAUGAACAAUAUGAUUGCCAAUGCUUAAAACAUCAAAUGGAUAAAAUUGUAUAUCCACGCUCCUGUAAUGCAAUAUCUUGCAACUCCAUUAAUAAAGAGUCUAAAUCUGUAGGAUCUUAUAAUUGCUAUUGUUUACAUAUUUCACUUGUGGCAAUAACAUUAACAUCUACAAAAUUAUGUGGACGUCGAAUUGAAUUCCGAUUUCAUCAUCCAAAAACUGAUAUCACAUCAAUAGUACAUGCAACAAUGCCAAUUUUACCUGAUGAAAAAAUUAAAUUACAAGAAAUUGGAUGUCAAUUUCACUUUAUAUCUACGCCAGACGAAAUAAAACAAUUAUUAAAAUCUUUCCCACCAAAGAUUGGUAUGUAUGAUACAAACAAAAGUGCUGAACCAUUAUUGUUAUCAACGCUUGAUGUAAAAGCUUUAUUUCAUCAGGACAAGCCUGAAUGUCAAUAUAAAUUAUAUAUGUAUGAAACAGAACAAUGUAAAAUUGGUGAAAUAGAUAUUGUACUUAAACUAGAGAAUCGUGGACCACACUUUAUAUUAAAGAAAGAAACUAUUGAUAAAAAUCUAGGCCCACCAAUAUUGGACGACAGUUUAGCAUAUAAAAUAGUAGAUGAACUUGAAACAUGGAAGGAACGUCAAAAGGAAAUGUUUAAAGCCGAGCUCAAGAGAAAGGAAGACCGACAUUUAAACAUGUUGAGCGAGGAAUGGCGGAAGCAGAAAGAGAAUCUAGAAUCAAAACUCGCAUGCAGUGUCGAGCAAUGUAAGAUACUAGCCAACAGUUUAAAUAACGCUACGGAAGAUUUAAGAACGCGCAGAUUAAAAAGUUUGGAAAAUGAAACCAGAUUAAUUAAAGCAAACGAAGAUUUACAAUGGAGAUAUGAAACCAAGUUACAAGAACUUAAGGAUUCCAUGGACAUGAUGCAAAAUGAUUUUACCUCAAAGAUCAUCAAACUAGAAGAGAAGAAAACUGCUCUAGAGGCACAAAUAGAAAUAUUACUGUACGAAAAUGAAACUCUGAAAUCGUCAACGAGUAAACAGGCAGAUGAAUUGCAAAUGUAUCAAAAGGCAUCUUUAACUACGGAUCAAACAGCGUCUUUGUUGCAAGAAUUAAAAAUUCUCGAAGAAAAAUUGGACAAUGCUCAAAAGGGAAAAUCAUUUUUUAAAGAACAGUGGGGAAAAGCAGUUCGUGAGAUACAUAAAAUGAAAGUAGAUAAUCAACAAGCCAUGCAAGUUCAAAUCAAGAACAGUAAAGAAGAGCUGAAAAAUGUGGAUCUGGCCGAAAUUUUAUCUGUAGAUACAAAGGCUUUGAAUAACGAUCAAAUGUUGCUAAAGGAACUUCAAAAAGAAAUUGAUGUGAUCAAGCCAAAACAAAUCUUUACUCCGAAAGAAGAUUAUUAUAAUCGAAUAUUUACAAUAGCUGACGACGCCAAGAUUUCUUAUAAUGAUUAUAACAACGGGUCUGACAAAUCAGAAGAGUACAAUGACCGGCUACAGGCACUGAAGGAGGAACGUGAUUCCCUCUUAAAAACUGGAAGUUAUGCUGCCGACGAUAUAGUGAUUAAAAAACUUAACACAGAGAUACGAUCUUUAUUGUAUGUCUAAAGGAGCAUCAUAGUCUCUUAGCCAUGUUGGACCGUUGAUGAUUGUCCCUUUAUUUGGAUCGAACCAUGUUCCUAUUGGAAGAUAAAUAUCGCGUCUAGUGAAACCUUCUUGAGUUACCGGAGCAGCCAGUAUAGUCUCUCCAAGGAGAUAUUCUGCA